UCUCGACAGGGAUUAUUCUAUUGAUAUAUGCCAGCUUACCCACAAACACUCUUCAUCUAAUCCCUUCAAAUUAUGGCUACAUUAUGAGUUCUUUAGACAAGAUUUUGGAAGCAGUCUCAACAUUAUCUAAUAUACAGGAGGCGCAAAGAGAUGACCUCCUGUUAUAUCGCGACAAGCUCACAGUGGCCCUGCACACACUACACUCUCUUUUACAGACGCCUUGCUCGUCAAGCUCAAUAAUUGAAAGCUUUACACAACACCAGAUCACUGCCAACAGCUUUGUAAGGCAGGUCGCGCCGUCUCCAGCAGCACAGUCUUCAGCCACGCCAGCACCAGCCACGAUCGCACCAGCUACAACAACACCAGCAGUACUGUCUCCAGCAUCAACAGCGCCCUCUCCAGCAACAUGUGCACUCUCCGAUGAUCCUGCCCCUAUAAAAGUACCGGAUGACGUGUUACAACUAAUGAAGAGAUUGGAAAAACAUAAAGAUGCGAUUCUGCAAUGCAUGCAAGGGAAACCAGAGUCAGUUGUUUGGAGUCGAACGGACUGGUCAACUGAGGAUCCACGGAUCGUCGAUAUCUCCCAAUCAGACACCGAAGGCAAAUUCUCCCCAGAAAUCAAUAUUCGCUGUGGGAUGAGUGCGAUAUCCUUGGCUGAUGACUACACUGAUUGGGAAAUGGAACAGAAGCUACCCCCGAACGGCAAAUCAAGAAUCGACCAGUUAAGUGAAAAUACAGGCGGUAACAGAAAAUCUCAUUAUAAGGAAUUUGUCGAUAAUAGCGACUUCAACGAUCGGCUCAAAGCUCGGAAAUACGUGGGAUAUGGCAUACAGCUUCACGUCUUCUCCAAAAUCUACAGAAGGUGCUUGGGAGUGGAUACCCCAUCGCUGGGUAUAAUCGGGAUAAUAUCGUCCUGUUUUUGGGCCUUUGUACGCGUAAGGUUCUGCAAUAUGCCACUACUCGCUCGUUUGAUCGCAUCGUCCGAAUGGAAGGGAUAUGCCUGCAACAAUAAUGAGUGGACGAUAUCUUGUUACCAGUCUUAUAAAAGAUUAAACACAUGAGAAGAAAACGUCAGAGGCCAGUUACUGAACUUGAGGAACGAGGAAAACGACAAAGACAAGGACCAAGUCCUCGGGAGAACAUGCCGAUGGACCCUACGCAAGCAGAUUUAGAUUUUCAGCAGAAUAUGAACUUCACGCCGCUUCCGGAAGCCGGCGACCUUGAACUCCCACACGUGGUUGGCCCGCAAGAAGACAUACCUUUCUCAUAUGGCCAAGAAGUCGAUUCUCCCGAGCAUCCGUGUAUACUUAUCGCACGAGAUACGAGGUCACCAUUGUUGCAGAAUUGCGUUCCGUUCGGGUAUCCGCAUGUUGUUGACCCGCAAGAAGUACCCAGAACCUA